GUUUCCGGUCCUCAUUCCUGAGUGUCAAACACAUUCUGUGGCGACAAAGUGCGGAAGUGCAUAAAUUCGAGAAUGGCUUUGUAGCUAACGUUCGCGCUGAACUCACAAAAUGUAAAUGUUUACAGGUUACCUUUAAUUAUUAUUUUCAAGUCAGAUACUGUGUAUCAAAGCUAACGUUGUUAGAUUAUGCACGUUGUGUAAAGAGGGCGAUAUCUUCAAGACAAAUUUGGUAACGUUAGCUAGCUAAUGCUAGCUUAAUUUGGUACAGAAGGCGACGUUUAAUCCUACAUUUAUGAACAUAUGUUUAACGACAGCCAAAUGGCUGCCAUUAAAGAAAUGAUCAAAAAUAAUCUGAAGCUCUACGAAAUUGGAAACACAUCCUCUGAUGUAGAACUACCAAAAGCGUCUGUCUUGAUACCAUUGUUGACGAAAAAUGGAGAAAUGCAUGUACUUAUGACUGUUCGGUCAUUGGAGCUGAGAAGCAGUGCAGGGGAGGUUUGCUUUCCAGGAGGCAAAUAUGACCCCCAGGACCGCAACAAUAUAGACACUGCUCUGCGGGAGGCUAAAGAGGAAAUAGGCCUCACUCCAGAUCAAGUGGAGGUGGUUUGCAGGCUUUCUCCAAUAAUGACAAAGAGUGGUAUUCUGGUGACUCCAGUGGUGGCAUUCGUUGAAGAUUCUUUCAAGGCCCAGCCCAAUCCAGCAGAAGUGAGCGAUGUCUUCACUGUCGCAUUGGACUAUUUUCUAAACCAGUCAGGCCACUCCUCCUACCCUGUGAAUGGUGGGGAAAUGCACAGUUUCCUAUACCGGGAUUCCGAUUCUGGAAAGGUGCACACAAUAUGGGGACUGACAGCCAUGCUGGCGAUAUUUACUGCGGUUCUAGCAUUCAGAAGAAAGCCUGCGUUUGAAAUCACCAUUGUUGGUGAAGACAAAUUUCCUUAUUUCCAGCAAAAUCUUAAAUUCCACAUCAGCAGAUUGUGAUUGGCUUAGCGUUGCGCAUGGCUGUGUUAAUGGACAGCUAAUUUUAUAUUUUAAUCCAGAAUUUUAAUCCGAUUUUGCAAUGUUGAAACACUGCAUGUACUAGUGAACAGAAAGAUAAAGGUUAAAUUCUCAAAAAUAAAAAGGAGUAGGAGAAAAGGGAAAGAAAAUCCUUCAGUCAGAAUGAACAGAAUUAACUAAAACUGCAAAUCUUGUUGGAAUAGGAUAAAACUAUUAUUGUUAUUAAUGUUUGUAUGAAUCAGUAUUUCUAUAAAACAUUGUCUCAGACCAGACAUGCCUAUAGUCUGUUUAUUUAUGGGUAUGCAUGGGUACGUUAUGUGUUCCCUCAACCAGUUCUUUUGUUCUUCUUUUGUGAACCUGUCUGCUGACUUUAUGUUGUAGCAUAAUUGAUUUAGUAUUAAGGGGUAGAUUUUCAUGUGCAUUUGAACUUCGCCAUGUCUUCGCCAUGAUGGUGAUGCACCUUGCUCCCUGUUUGUGUAACUAAUAGGGUAACCAUGGAAACUACAUCACCAGACAGCUACGCUUAAUAUUGCUGUGGGGUGGCUAACUUAACAGUAUAAUUGUGGUUUGCUGCAGUAGCGGUAAGAUGCAGCAUGUAGCCGUAACAUUUACUUACAACACAGAUAAAGUAUACAGUACUGUGAAAAAGUAUUUGCCCCUUUCCUGAUCUAUUGUAUUAUUGUCACACUGAAUGGUUUACAAUUUUGAGACAAAAUGUAAUAUUAGACAAAGGAAAAGGAAGUAAACUCAUAACAAAUUUUUAAAA